GCUGUGUAGAAUAUAUAGAUAACUUUAGAUCAGGGAAUGAAAUAUCACAGGUGAUAUGGAGUUGGAAUCUAAUGAAAACACAAGUGACGAUAAGAUUGUGAUGUAAUGAGUGCUGCGAGUAAUCUCAGGCAUCGUUGAAACGACACCUGAGACUCCAAACGACGCAAAUGUCUUAGAGCUAUGGGUUGAAUGGCACAAAAUAAAUAUACAUAAAUCAUAGAUAGACGAAAAUACAUUGGCACGUGUGAUACGAUAGGUUAUAUAAUGUAAUCGAGAUUUAUACUGUGAUCUUUCCGCAAUACCUGGACGCAAAACGCUUUCUUUUAAUCGUUAAUUGAAGAAAUAGGAGAAUAGGUCAGAGAAGCUUAGUUCAAUAUGCAAUACCUAAAUCCAUAUGUGAUACCCAUGAGUAUCGUUGGAUGGAGAUAAAGUACAUCUAGCAUUAGAACAAUUGAAUACCUUUCCUCUUUGCUGUAUCUAUUGUUCCUAAUAAUUGUACUAAUAUGAGUAACAUUACCUCGGGAAAGAUUCCGUUGCAUUCAGUCCUGAGACUUAACAAUAAUGACAUUAAAGAAUUUAUUUGUGGUUGGGGCGCUGCUGUCAUCAAUGUUACCAUCACUUUUCCAAUUAAUAAAAUUAUAUUCAGACAGAUUUUGGAAGGAAUGCCUAUGAGUGCUGCAGUCGGACAGCUAUCACGAGAGGGAAUUCGCUUGCUGUAUCGUGGAAUUUUGCCACCUCUAUGCCAAAAGACUCUGUCUCUCAGUUUGAUGUUCAGCUUAUACGAAGGAUGCAGGUAUAGAAUCUGUUUGCUAACCAAUAACGAUGUGCUGGCCAAAAUACUGUCGGCGAAUAUAGCUGGUACAAUGGAGGCUCUCCUCAUGCCGCUCGAGAGAGUACAAACACUGCUACAGGAUUGGCGAUAUCACAACAAGUUCAAGAAUACGCCCCACGCGUUCAGGUAUCUGCUGACGAAUCAUGGGGUGACCGAAUGUUAUCGCGGCAUGACUCCGAUUAUAUUCAGAAAUGGAUUGUCCAAUCUGAUGUUCUUCACACUGCGAGAUCAAUCAAAGGUACUGAUGGGCAAGCAAGACUCUCUGCUGACGAACUUUGUCAGCGGCGCCGUAAUCGGCGGUUUUACUAGCACGGUGUUCUACCCGAUGAACGUGAUUAAGAUACACAUGCAGUCGAAGAUAGGCGGCGACUUUGAAAAAUUCCUGACUGUAACUCGUGAGGUGUACAUCUCUAGGAAUCGAAGCUUAACUUCUUUUUACAAGGGCGUGCAAUUGAACUGUAUGAGAUCUUUCAUUAGCUGGGGUGUGAUCAAUGCGUCAUAUGAUUUCUUGAAGAAUUUAAUUUUCUAGAUUGUUUAACCCUCUGUAUAUACAAUGGUGCUAUUCGUAUCUUGCAUAUUUGUUUUAUUUGAAUUAUUAAUACUGUAGUAAUAACAUUUUAUAUAUAAUUUUUUUAUGGACAACCUUACAAAUAAUUUCUAGAGAUAUUAAAGUAUAUGUAAAAAACAUUGAAAAAUUUUUUUAUACUUGUAAAAGUAAUAUAAAUUAACUCGAAUAUAAUCCAACAUAUGUAGAAAAAAUUCUAACAAAAACGUAUGUACAGAGGGUUGAUAAGAGAACAAAAUUUUUUUAUUUAGAUUUACUUACAGGAGAUACCUUUCACACUUUGCUGUAUGCAUUAAGUUUUUAGGUGAUAAUAGGAAAUUAUACUUUUUUUUUAAAGAAACUUGAAUGUGUUGCAGUCAUACAUUCUUCCUAUUACAAAUAUGCAGGAAUACACAAGAAGAAAAGUAUAUUGUGCAUACAAGGAAACUUCGUGUAACAUUUCAAUAUUUGAAAUCGUAUCAACUGUGACUGACUUGUUCUUUUUUUUAUGAACAAGAUUAAUCAAAGAUGAAUCUUGAAGAACAUAUGAAGCUUUGUUUAUAUGUAAAAGUAGUAUGAUUUAUAGAUAUAGAUAGGUGUAAUUAAUUGUUAUGAAGAUUUUUGAUAAUCUGAUUCUCUGCCUUUAUGAAUACGCUUAGAAGUUUUAUGCGCAUCAACGCAUAAAUGCUUCAAACAAUGUGUAAUUAAUGAAGCAGAGAAAAAUUUUUAAUGUAUAAAUUUAGAUAGACAGUUUGCCUUUAAUCAGAGGCAAAAUGCUAUCAUGGUUUUAGUUAUUUAUGCUUAUUCCAUACAUUGUAUAAUUAGAUUAUACUUUUUGGAAGAUUUUUAAAUUUCAGAAUAUCUAAAAACAUGUUUGUGAUGAAAUGGCAUGAUUUAUAACAGUAUGUGAUACAACAUCGAGUCACAAAAUAUAUUUGGAAUGAUUAAAAGAUAGAUAAAAAUAUUUGAUAUUAUCAUAAACUAUUUACAUAUGUGAUAUUACAUUAUUAUGUAUGUAAAAAUGUUGUCGAAGUUUUCUCUCGUGAAAUAAUACAGAGAAGUUAAACAAAUAUAUGUAUAUAAUGAGAUACAUACAGUUCAUUAUUUAAAUACAAUGCUAUUUUUUUAUACGGCAUUAAUUUUGUAUGAUAUAUAUAUAGCAACAAUAUUUUUAUUUUGAAAUAUAUGUGGAAGUUUGGAUGUACGUACAAUUCAAUCGAUGAGACACAAUAGGUCAUGCGAUUAAUUGUAUCAUUUAAUAAAUCAAUUUACACGCGAAAUAGAA